GCAUAGAGGAAAGAGACCGGGUAGUCUUCUCCAGGCGCUCGACGAGAGAAAGCAUCGUCGGCUUUCGCCCUUUCACCUUAAUCGGAUGAUCUAAGCGUUGAACAGUCAGUAGAUCGCUCAGUUUUUAGCUGGAGUUUGGCGAGUAUUGAUCGCUCUCAUCGGUGCGCAUUCACGCAAAUCUGUUUUCUAUUUUUCUUCACCGUAUUCGGCGGAGGUUUUUGCUGCUCUUGAUCUAUGGAGUACUUCCUUUUUGUAAACUUCAAUAGUCCUUAUGGGAGAAUUUUCACUCUGUGGAUUGGCAUCGGUUCUCAUCGGUUUGCUCGCUCGAUUAACUGCUGUAUCUUUUUGGGAUAAGCAUUCGCGGUACUCUUGUUAAGUACAGUCGAUCAGGUCUGCCCCCUAAGUUACGAAAUCUCUUUUUUUCGUUCAAGCCUUUGCUUGUCUGCCUCUUAGUGUACCUGGGGGAUCUACAAGUAGCAAUUUGGCUUUGCAUUACCCAUUUUCUAGAUAGAGACUGCUGACAUUAAAAUAUCUGCUAUCGGAAUGGCAACAAUGGUAACCCGGGGAAGCAGCCCAUUGGCAUCUUCUAUGUCUUUGCGAGAGAAGGGUAACAGGAACAAAAGGAAGUUCAGAGCAGAUCCACCUGUAGCUGACUCAAAUAUUCUAAAUCCCCUUUAUCAUGUGGAUUGCACCAACUAUGACUUCUUUCCCAUGGAGACGAUUCCGGGGAAUCCCAAUGUGGAGCAACAUACCAGCUUCUGUGAUUCAUGCAGGAUGUUCUCUUGUGGAUCAAAGGAGGAGCUAGGGCUGGAGGCACUACAUGAGGUGGAUUGGAGCAACCUCAUGGUGAACAAACUUGAGGAGAUUAUCCUGAGCAUCUUAAAUGAAGUGUUCAAUGGAGCUAUAAAGAGCAUUGCCUCCCAUGGGUAUACUGAAGAGGUUGCGACUAAUGCUGUAUUAAGCUAUGGGAUAUUCUAUAGAGGCAAAUAUACAGUUUCUAAUAUUGUGGAUAAUGCUUUGUCACUUUUGAGGAGCGGGAGAGAAGUAGACUCUUCACCAAAAGAGAAUGUUGCUGAGGAUGUACAAAAGCUUGCCAGGAGUGUGCUGGCUGACAUGGUUAAUGUGCUUAGGGAAGUUAGGCCAUUUUUCAGUGUCGGGGAUGCAAUGUGGUGCUUGCUGAUCUGCGACUUGAAUGUUUCACAUGCCUGUGCUUUUGACUCUGAUAUUUUGAGUGGUACAUGCUAUGAUGAGAAAUCAAGUAGUUCUAAUGUCUCCCAGUCAGAGCCGGAGGCGAAUUCCAGCAUUUCUACUUCUCAGACUAUGCCUGAAGUGGAGGUAUCAGUUAGCAGGAAGAUCUACCAUCUCAAUGCUUCUAAGAGGGAACCAAUCUUGCGAGAGAAGUCAUUUCACUUUGAGGAUCACCGAGCAAAUAGGUCAAAAGCAACUCUAAGGGCAAGCAAGCAUGGGGGUAUAGGUGGACCACUUAUGCAUGAGAAAGUCAAAUCAAUACCUGAUUCUUCUUGUGUAAGCUUCAAGUGCAAUUCUCCCAAGCCUAAUAAAGUAGUAGGAUCACAUUCAUUACAAACGGAUGAAUCUCUUGGUUUUUCUUUAAGUGAUGUAUCCUCCAGCAGUCCUUCUGCAAGCAUGAAAGAAAGUAGUAGCAUGGAACCUUUAACAACAACGAACACAGACCUGUCUUUGUCAUUGCUACCUUCCACUAGUAGUAGUACUGGUUAUGGGCCUUAUGGCAUCAAACCAGAUACACAUAGCAGUUGUGUGGGGAUGGGGUCUGAUAAAAUAAAUGGUAAUUGGAUCCCUCAUGACAUGAAGGAUGAGCUUCUUCUCAAGUUAAUCCCACGUGUGAGAGAAUUGGAGGCCCAAAAACAAGAGUGGACAGAGUGGGCACAGCAUAAGAUCAUGCAGGCUACCCAUAGGCUGAGCAAAGACAAGCCUGAUCUCCAAACUUUGAGGCAGGAAAAGGAAGAGGUGGCUCGCCUAAAGAAAGAGAAGCAAACUUUAGAAGAAAACACUAAGAAGAAGCUUAUAGAGAUGGAGAAUGCCCUGUCCAAAGCUAGCAACCAGAUAGAAGAGGCCGAUGUUACCACACGAAGGCUUGAUAAUGAGAAUUUAAAACUGAGAAAGGAGAUGGAAGCUGCAAAAUUGCGGGCUGAAGAAUCAGCAGCAAGUUGUCAAGAAGUCUCUAAGAGAGAGAUGAAAAUUCUUAAGAAAUUUCAAUCAUUGGAUAGAGAUAGAUCAUUGUUGCAAGAUGAGCUUAUGAGCGAGAAGCGGAAGUUGUUGCAGCUACAACAACAAUUCAAGUUUACUAGAGAGCAUCAUGAUCUCAUGCAGGCUAGGUGGAAGCAAGAACAUAAAGCUAAGGGAGAUGUGCUCUUGCUACUCAAGUCGAAACGAAAAGAAAGAGAGCAAAUUGAGGCUUCCGGAAAAUCAAAGGAGAAUGAGAUAACAAUUGAAGCAGAACAUGAACUUCAGAGAUUGAAAAAUGAUAUAAGGAGGCUUGAACUUCAGAUAACACAGUUGAGGUUAACAACAGAUUCUUCAAAAAUGGCAGGCUUUGGAUGGGUUGCUAAUGGCAGUUAUGCUUCAAGACUUGCAGAUGUAGGAAAAAGUAAACACGCCGCCCAUUCAAUCACAAAACUUUUUGAUAUCCAGGAUCAAGGAGAUGAAGAUUUGCAACGGGAAAGAGAAUGUGUUAUGUGCAUGAGUGAGGAGGUGUCUGUAGUUUUCCUUCCCUGUGCUCAUCAAGUUAUUUGUAGUACAUGCAACGAGCUUCAUGAAAGGCAAGGCAUGAAGGAUUGCCCUUCCUGUAGGACUACCAUUCAGCGAAGGAUCUCCAUUCGCCCUGCAGAAUUUAUAAGCUAAGUAUACUCUCCAUUUAUCAUUCUAGUUGCGAUUUCAGAAUAAUGCUUUGCCUGAACUUUGGAAUUGAAUAAUUCAACAAGAAAGGAUUUUGUCAUUAGGUUUCAAACAAUCAAUUUCUUGAUAAACUUAGUGGGAUGUAUUGUUGCAUCUGCUACUUGUUUAAAUUUCUAAGAGCCAAUCCAGAAAAAUGCUGUUAAAUUACAAACACGCUCACAAUAAAAAACACAUUCAUAUCUUUCUCUC